AUGAGGCUGCUGCUGCUGGUUCUGCUGCUGCGUCUCUGCGCCGCGCUGCCGGAUGAGAGGCUCUCAGACCGGUACGAGGUUUACUGGAACAGCUCCAACCCGAGGUUUUUUCGGGGGGAGUACACGGUGGAGGUCGCCAUCAACGACUACCUGGACAUCUACUGUCCUCACUACGAGGGGGGGGGGGCCCAGCGCGUGGAGGGGGGGGGCAUGGAGAGCUACGUGCUGUUCAUGGUGAACUACGACGGCUACAGCAGCUGCGACCAUCGCAGGAACGGCUUCAAGCGCUGGGAAUGCAACCGGCCAAUCAGCUCCGGCGGCCCGCUCAAGUUCUCCGAGAAGUUCCAGCUGUUCACGGCGUUCAGCCUCGGCUUCGAGUUCAGGCCGGCCCACGAGUACUACUACAUCUCGUCGCCGCUUCACGUCGUCGACGGCCCUAAAUCGUGUCUGAAGCUCAAAGUUUACGUCAAACCAACCAAUGAUUCGGUGUAUGAGUCUCCGGAGCCGUUCCUGACAGACGACUCCACCAGCGGCUGCAGCAGCGCUCUGCUCCCCCUCUUCCUGCUGGCCACCAUGUUGCUUCUCUUACUCCUCGCCUCCUCAUAG